CAAUGAGUUCAAAGAAUGUAGACCGGCUUAGCAUAUUGCCUGAAGAGAUAGCUUCACAUAUACUCUCUUCAAUGCCUACGAAAGAUGCUGUGCAAACUAGCAUUUUAUCCAAAAGUUGGAGGUACAAAUGGAGGCUUGUCACGAAUCUUGACUUUGAUGAUGAUACAUUCCAUGAUAAAAACAUCUUGAUAAAAUUUGGAGACUGGGUAAUGAACGUUUGUAAGGCAUCCCACCUUCAGUUAUUUCGGUUACACUUUUCUAAACGUUGGAAUCUAAAGUCAAGAGUAUCAAAUUGGAUUGAUAAGGCAGUCAGGUUAAACGUUCGUGAGCUUGACAUAGAGGUUACCUCACUUUCACUUAAGUUGCCUUUAAGCAUGUUCACUUGCAAGACACUCACAAAACUAAAAUUAGAUUUUUGUGAUUAUGUUCGGAGUUUUUUGACGGAUCUGCCUUUGGUUUAUCUUCCUUGCCUGAAAUCACUUGACAUAAGCGUUUACACCGAUCAUUACAUUAAUGCAUUGUAUAAACUCAUCAAUGGUUGCCCACUGCUUGAAAAUUUAUCUUUGCAUAUUAUGUGCAAAGUGAAUAAAGAAAAUUACAUAUCCAAUAUCCCUACUUUGAAAAGAUUGAAAUUAACAUGGCCACAUCAUACAUCUGUUAUCAACAAAGUUUUUUUAAACGUCCCUGAUCUGGAAUACCUAUGUAUUGGUGGUAUGUUGUGCUCGGUUUUUGUAAUGGAAGAUUUGUCGUCAUUGGUUGAGGCUUCUGUUUCAUUUAGUGAAAUAAUAUUUGAUCGUCAUCAUCUGUUGGUUGAGCUUCUAAAUGGAUUAAGUGGAGUCAAAUCACUCUUUGUUCAAAAUGUAAGUUUCCUAUUCACUUCACCUCUGCCCAUCUUUCCAAAUAUGAAGCACUUGAAGUUGAAGAAUUUCCAGCAUUCUAGAUCGAUCCUUCAGUUUCUUGAAAGUUGUCCUGAGCUGAAACAUUUGUACAUUGAAGAGGUACCUGAGCUGUUGAUUUGACCAUUUUUCUUUUUGUACAUGUUACCCAAACAUAAUAUUGAAAUGUACUAACUUGUCUAUCUUGUUUGAGUUAGAAACUAAUUCAUACAUGGGUGGAACCAAAGUCCGCUCCGGCUUGUAUGCUAACAAAUCUUACAACCAUCAAGAUUUCAAUUUGUAAGUUGUGGAAACGUGAUAUGCUGUUUCUGAAAUACAUGCUGAAGAAUUCCGCGGUGUUGAAGAAUAUAACAAUCACUUGGAGAGAGUCUUGCAACGUUGAAGAAGAAACGUGGUUUUGUGCAAACUUGCGUAAGCUUCCUAAGGCUUCGAGGUGUUGUGAGAUCCAUUUUCAUGGAAAAUAUUGGUCUCAUUCUAC